UCCUCCUCUCUCUGCAGUGCUCAGAUGUCUUCAGGACAUUCAGUGGCAGUGAUGGGCAUUGACUUCACCCUGCGCUACUUCUACAAAGUCCUCAUGGACCUGCUACCAGUUUGUAACCAAGACGGAGGAAACAAAAUAAGGUGCUUUAUCAUGGAGGACAGAGGGUACCUUGUGGCUCACCCAACCCUCAUUGAUCCCAAGGGACACGCACCGGUGGAGCAGCAGCACAUCACACACAAGGAGCCUCUGGUAGCGAAUGACAUUCUGAACCACCCCAACUUUGUCAAGAAAAACCUCUGCAACAGCUUCAGUGACAGAACAGUUCAGCGGUUCUAUAAAUUCAACACCAGCUUAGUGGGUGACCUGACAAACCUGGUCCAUGGCAGUCACUGCUCCAAGUACAGGCUGACACGAAUUCCAGGCACCAACGCCUUUGUGGGAAUCGUCAACGAGACCUGCGAUUCCCUCGCCUUCUGUGCCUGCAGUAUGGUAGACAGGCUCUGCCUCAACUGCCACAGGAUGGAGCAGAACGAAUGCGAGUGCCCGUGCGAGUGCCCUCUCGAGGUGAAUGAAUGCACCGGCAACCUUACCAACGCCGAGAGCAGGAAUCCGAGUUGUGAAGUUCAUCAGGAGCCAAUGACUUUCACAGCAAUUGAUCCCAGCCUGCAGGAUGGACUCCCACAGUGCAUUAACACUCAGUGCAACCAGAAAACAGAGAGCGGGGACUGCUUUGGUGUGUUGGACUGUGAGUGGUGUAUGGUCGACAGCGACGGGAAGACCCAUCUGGAUAAGUCCUACUGUGCCCCUCAGAAGGAAUGCUUCGGUGGCAUUGUGGGAGCCAAGAGCCCCUACGUGGAUGACUUGGGAGCAAUAGGAGAUGAGGUGAUCACUCUGAACAUGAUCAAGAGUGCACCAGUCGGCCCGGUGGCUGGAGGCAUUAUGGGCUGCAUUAUGGUGCUUGUCCUAGCAGUGUAUGCGUAUCGGCACCAGAUCCAUCGGAGGAGUCACCAGCACAUGUCACCUUUGGCUGCUCAGGAAAUGUCAGUGCGUAUGUCCAACCUGGAAAAUGAUAGGGACGAGAGAGACGAUGACAGCCACGAAGACAGAGGAAUCAUCAGCAACACCCGGUUCAUAGCAGCGGUGAUGGAGCGGCAUGCCCACAGCCCGGAACGCAGGCGCCGGUACUGGGGGCGCUCGGGGACGGAGAGCGACCACGGCUACAGCACGAUGAGCCCUCAGGAGGACAGUGAAAACCCUCCGUGCAAUAACGACCCGCUCUCGGCUGGUGUGGAUGUUGGAAACCACGAGGAAGACUUGGACCUGGACACCCCACCUCAGACAGCUGCCCUGCUGAGUCACAAGUUUCACCACUACCGGUUGCACCACCCAACUCUCCACCACAGCCACCACUUACAGGCUGCAGUCACAGUACACACUGUGGAUGCGGAAUGCUGAUGGACAGCCAGGAAAGGAGCGGUCACUCCUGAACCAUGAUCCAUGCAGCCACGGGCAGCUCUGUUCCUGUGCUCCUCCCCAGCAAUGAUUUCACUGACUUCCCCAGUAAACUGUUAGGAAUCAGAGCUUUACGUUGGUAUAAAUGUAAGGUUGGCUGUGGAACGGGAGGGAAAUGGGUUUGAUGGAUGGACCUGCCAUCACAUUUAGUAAGAUGGAGCAGGAGGAACGUCAGACCUGCAGAAACAGGAACGUGAGUUUAUAGAGCAGCUGAAGCUUUGGAAGCCCCGUCCUGCUGAGCCAAGAGGAGAGAGCGUGGAAGAGCCAGAGAUGAUUUGGUUUCCUUAACUGGAAGAGCAGGAAUCUGUGCAGCUGAAGAGUCAAGAAGUGCCAGCCAGAGGCACGGGGAGGGGAAGGCUGUUGGUCUCGCUGCAGUUCCUUUGGCACGUCGAAAGCUCCCUGCUCCGGUUGCUGCAUGGAACCUGGGACAAUGCAGCUCAAGAUUUUUAAGGAAAGGAUUAUUUUUCUACUAUUUAUUGAACUGGAAACUCUGGGGGGAGGGAAGGGAGAAACCAUGUUAGCAAUUCUCAGUGACUGCCACCUAUAUUCUGUGAUGGGGAAGUGGUUCUUCUGAGGAAGACAUCUGGUUCUGAUUAGCCGAUCCUCAUCCACUGCCCCGCUCUGCAAAGGGGAAAAUGAAGAAGUCGUUUCUGACGUGUUUACAUGCUGAGUGCUUGCUUUUCCACACUUGUUUUCUGUAAAUAUCACAACUGAUUUAUAUGACAGUAUUUUCUGCCUAUUGGCAGAGGAGAAAUCCUCUGCUCCGUUACUAAAAUCCUGCCCAUAAACCUCUCCAUCUUGACCUCUUCGAGCAUCCUGAAAGGUUUCCUGUGUGGAAUUUCCUUAGCAUUAGUUAGCAGAUGAUUCCAAAUGCGAUCUGGGCCAUUCUUGUGUUUCCUUAGGACACUGUCAUGAUCAGAAGUAGGGAUAAACCAGUGGGGUUUAAAACUCGGGUUACUGUGGAAGAUCUCCUUUUAAAACCCUAAUGAUAAGCUGCUGCUGUUUGUCUGGAAUUUGAACGCUGCUUGGUGCUUCAAACCAAGAUUGAUUUGUCUACAGCACAGGCCAUCCUGGCUAGGAAUUGGUUUUAAAUCCCAGUGUUGUAUUUUAGACUCCCGUGUUGGGGUUACAAUGCUCUAAAAACCAUUCUUGCACUGUGCCUAGGAUAAACAUCCAUUUAUAUGUAGGCUUCUUUUAAAGAUCACUUGUUUUAAUUCAUAUGGUACUUAAUACUGUAUUCUGUACAAACAACUGGUUCUUAACCAGUACAGUCAAUAACUAUAUGUGUGAUACCAGGAUACCCCUUUAUACUGUGUAUAAAAUUAAAUCUCUAGUGAAAUAAACUGUAUAUAAAGUAUA